AUGUCGGAUGAAGAAGAAGAGAAUGGCUCAAUAGCAACAUCUAAUGAUGAUAUUAAUGAUGAGAAUGAUGAUGAAAGUCAAGUACAAAAAUCUAGAAAAAGUCUUCGAAUAUCAAAGUUAUUGGUUGAAUCCCUUGUUGAUAGUAAAGUUCGCCAUAAUGAAUAUCUUAAACAUAUUGUACAAUAUCCAAAAAUAAUGAAAUAUCUUAUGAAUGAUAGUUCAACUUGUGAAAAUAUUCCUCGUCGUCAUCUUGAACCAUUUAUAAAAGAAUAUAUAGAGAAACAUCCAAAUACGAAGAUCUACGAUAAAAUCAAUGAUGAACUUCAAAUUAUCCGUCGUAAAUAUAUUAAAACUUGUCAAUAA